AUCGCACUUGGCGUAAAUUAUCACCAUGGAGAAGAACCAACGCCAGGAAUCAAUUUCGCUAAACCUAUCGGAGGAAAACAAAAGACAUUCAUACGAUGAGGCCCUGCGAGAGGCCGGCUUCGGCAAAGCACAGAUAGCCAUGAUGUUCCUGUGCGGAUUUGCACUGAUGUCCUCUGCUAAUGAAUCCAUGGGAAUGGGUCUCAUACUACCGGCUAGUCAAUGCGAUCUAGAUCUUGAUAUGACCCGUAAAGGUAUAGUCGGUGGAGCUGUAUUUAUUGGAGUCUUAAUAUCCACCUACUAUUGGGGUUACCAGACGGACAUCCGAGGGCGACAAACUGUUCUGAAGAUAACGCUUCUGGGGGCCACCUGUUGUUCUUUUCUGGCAAGCUUCGUGAAUCAUUUCUACCUACUGGUAGUGCUGCGAUUUCUAGUUGGACUAUUCAUCUCCGCACCCGGCUCCGCGGCGAUUGUUUAUCUAGGUGAAUUCUGUCCGACCAACCGUCGGGGACAAAUGAUCACCUAUGCGUGUGCAAUAGCAGGAUUUGGAUUCGCCUACGUCGCUGUGGUUGCCUCGUGGAUCUUAUCCUACGAUUGGUCGUUUACCAUCAUCGAAUCGUUCGCGAUCCGCCCCUGGCGACUCCUGUUUCUAAUCAACAGUCUUCCCGGUUUCAUAACGGGACUGGUUUUCUGGUGCUAUCCUGAAAGUCCUAGAUUUCUGCUGGCCCAAGGUCGACACAAGGAAGCACUGAGCGUGCUCCGUUGGCUUCAUCGACAAAACAGGACGGAUUCGUUUACUGUGCGGGAACUGCAGAUGGAAGCCUAUCAGCGAACUCCGAACAAUGAACCUGACCAGGAAAGCGACUGGUUUAGUCAAGCACGAACACAAAUCUCACCACUGAUGAAACAGCCUAACUCAAUCAACAUUUCAGUGUGUUGCUUUCAAACGGCUACUGUUUAUGUUGCAUACGGCGGCCUUGGGCUAUGGUUUCCUCAAAUCAUGAAUCUCGUAUUUUCCACAGAAUCUACCAAUGAAAGGCCAAUUUGCGAAGUUAUGCAAUCCAACUCAACCAGUUUCAAAAGUAUCGAAUCUUCCAAGACCAUUGAAUGUGUAGACAGGCUACAGCCGGAAACGUUCAUUUACACCUUCGCGCUGGGAGCAAUGUGCGGCGGCUAUACUCUGCUAAACUCCGUCUUUCUCACCCGGUAUUCGGAGAAAACUUUAAUCUACGUCAAUUUGAUCGCAGCAGGCUGUGCCGGUAUAGCGCUCCAGUAUGUAACCAACAACUACAUCGUAGCUAUCUUAUUUUGCGUAGAAAUAAAUGUAGCAGCCGUGUGCAUCAUUCUCGUCCGUUCGAUGCAGGUGUCACUAUUCCCGACUCAGGUCAAAGCUACGGUCGUGUCACUGACGGCUCUAGUCGGACGCAUCAUUUCCAACAUAGUGACCGGAGUACUAAUCCUUCAACAAUGCACAUACACACUGUACUUCAUAGCCGGUCUGCUGUUCGCCAGUGCAGGGUUGAACGCUCUGCUGCAACAGUGAGCGUCGGGUAGCCGCGUUGUCCGGCGGUUGUUUUAGCACACAAUAAACGAAAAGGCGAAAGUGAA